UUUCCAUUGCAGGAAGAUUCAAAUACAGUGAAAGUGACUGGAGAAAAUUCUGGAUUACAGAAAGGCUUGCAUGGUUUCCAUGUUCAUGAAUUUGGUGAUAAUACCAAUGGUUGUACAAGUACAGGUGCUCAUUUCAGUCCAUUGGGAAAAGAACAUGGUGGUCCAAGCCAUGCUGCGCGUCAUGUUGGAGACUUAGGAAAUGUGGAGGCUGAUGCCAAUGGUGUUGCUAAAUAUAAAUAA